CGUGCUAUUGGUUGGAGAAUAUGUCUAUUACAUGUUAACUGACAGCCUUGGUAGAACCCAGGACUGGAUGGACUUCGAGCCGUAACAUUGCACUCUGUGCUUUCUUAUUUCAGAAGGUGUUCAUUACGAGGGUGGUGGCUGCAGUGCAACAACGAGUAGAUUUGUCUUUUUUGCAAACAGAUUGCAGCGAGUAUUUGACCAGACGUUAAAGCCAGAAAUUUUUCUCAACAGAAGAGAAUGGCUUCUCUGUUUCUGUCUCGACAAAUGACUUUUGGUAUACAGCAAAAAACAAGAUUAUUGGUGUCCUGUUGUAGGUAUAUUGGUCAAACCACGGAAAAAAAACAAUUUGACUUUGAAUAUGACAGUCCACUUAUGAAGACACAAGUUCCAGGACCUAAAUCAAAAGAAUUAAUAAGGCAACUGAACACCAUUCAGAAUGCUGAUGCUGUGAACUUUUUUUGCAACUAUGAAGAAAGCCGUGGAAACUAUCUUGUUGAUGUUGAUGGCAAUCGAAUGUUGGACCUUUACUCUCAAAUAUCAUCUAUUCCAAUUGGUUAUAAUCAUCCAGCACUUGUAAAGGUUAUGCAGCAACCACAAAAUUUGAGCUCUUUCAUCAAUAGACCGGCCCUUGGAAUCUUGCCACCUGAGAACUUUAAAGAGAAAUUGGAGGAAACCUUAUUAUCUAUCGGUCCUAAAGGCUUAAAUCAAGUCAUAACAAUGUCCUGUGGCUCUUGCUCCAAUGAAAAUGCAUUUAAGCUAAUAUUUAUGUGGUACCGGAGCAAAGAGCGAGGCCAUAACAGUGUCACAAAAGAGGAAUUAGAUUCAUCAAUGAUUAACAAGUUUCCAGGUUGUCCAGAUUACAGCAUUUUGUCUUUCAUGGGUGGAUUUCAUGGAAGAACUAUGGGAUGCCUGGCAACCACUCACUCUAAACCAAUCCACAAACUGGACAUACCUUCUUUUGACUGGCCUAUUGCCCCAUUCCCAAAGUUGAAAUACCCUUUGGAGCAGUUUGUGAAAGAGAACCUGGAUGAAGAGAAUCGUUGCCUGGAAGAGCUCGUGGAUUGCUGGAUUCCCAACUGUCCAAAUUUUGGCAGAGCAGUCCGCAUCUUAGGGUCUUGGCUUUGCAGUCCUGGGUUGACUCCCUAUUGUCCUCAUCUACCCUCUUCCCAAUUGGCAUAUCUCUUCCUCCCAAUUUUGGGAGGUAUGGUGGAAGAUCUAAUUGUCAAAUACAGAAAAAAGAAAAAGACCGUCGCUGGAAUUAUUGUUGAACCCAUCCAAUCAGAGGGGGGAGAUAAUCAUGCUUCUGAUGAUUUUUUCAGAAAAUUAAGAGGCAUUGCUAAAAAGCAUGGCUGUGCAUUUUUGGUAGAUGAAGUGCAGACUGGGGGAGGAGCUACUGGAAAAUUUUGGGCUCAUGAACACUGGAAGAUGGAGGACCCAGCUGAUGUGGUCACAUUCAGUAAGAAAAUGUUGACUGGAGGUUUUUUUCACAAGGAUGAGCUUAGACCUGAUGCUCCAUAUCGAAUUUUUAAUACAUGGCUUGGAGAUCCAUCCAAAACCAUCCUAUUGGCUGAAGUGUUAAAUGUCAUCAAGCGAGAUGAUCUUCUGAACAAUGCAGUGCUUGCUGGGAAGGUUCUCUUGGAUGGUUUGCUGGAGCUUCAGAUUCAUUACUCACAUAUUGUAAGUAGAGUGAGAGGUAGAGGUACAUUCUGUUCAUUUGAUACUCCAGAUGACGCAACACGAACAAAGUUGAUAUUUCAAGCAAGAAACAAAGGUGUUGUGCUAGGAGGAUCUGGCGAUAAGUCUAUCCGCUUCCGACCAACUUUGAUUUUCAAAGAGCAUCAUGCACACUUAUUUUUGAAUAUCUUUAAUGACAUCCUUGCGAAUUUCAAGUAGAAGAUAAUUGUUUCAGCUGCUCUAGUCCAAUUAAUUAAGGGACUACUAAUUUAUAGGUCUAACAUUAUGGGUGAAACAGAAGACAUAAAAGAGCAGCUUCAAUGUGCCAUACUAUAUAUUUUCAUAAGAAAACAAAAUAUUAAAGCUAUUUGUGUUGAGGAAUAUUGUAAAGCAUACAUUUAAGAAUCAUUCAAUACAUAAUAGAUUUGUCCAAUUAUCAAAAAAAUAAGCAAGAUUAACAGAAAUGUUCAUUGUCUGCCUUUCCAUUGUUUUAAGCUAUUGGCAUUCCAGUUUAACAUGAUUUAGUUCAAGAUUAUCAAACUUGUGAAAAGUGUUAUUGCAUUUAAUAUGUUGGAUAAAAUAUUAAACUGACCUGAUCUUCAUAAAUAGAUUCAUGUAGAGUGAAAAACA